GCAGACAGCAACAGACGAUAUAAGAGAGAGAUUGAGGGAAGUCACAGUAGUCAUGCCUGCGUUUAACGUUGCUAGGUUUGACUUCUGAAAAAAAAUCCAGACCAGGAAAGGGACAAGGCUGAUUUCUUUAUCCAAGAUGGAAGGUGAUAACAAGUGAACACCAGAGUUGAUAAUGUGACAAAAGGAGAAAGAAAAUCAUGGCUGACAAACUUGGGCAAUCACUCCAGAAUUGGACUGAAUCUCAAGUAAGCACCUGGCUAAGAUCCAUUGGAGUUAAGGAGCAGUAUGUUGAAAAGCUCUUUGAUGAAGAAGUAGAUGGACAAAUCCUUCUUGCACUGAACGAGGACUUUUUAAAGACAAAUAUUUGCAUGAAAUCAGGGCCUGCUCAUUUGAUUAUUCAAAAGAGAGAUGAGCUUAUCAACUCCCAACCAAAGUCGCAAGAGAAGAAAAAGCUCACCAGUGGCAACAAAACUGAGUUGGAACAGAAAAAGAUUGAUCAGAAGUCGGUUCUAUGUCUUUCUACAACAAGUGAAGGUUCUCUGGCACAGAGUUCAGAGAGAGAUCAAGAUAUCUUAAAGGAGAGACCAACUAGUCAGGAACAAUGUGUGUUGACUUCAAAGGAAGACUGCAGACCACGACCAUUUGAUCAAGAAGGAAUUGAUUUCAUAUAUGUAAAGCACAGAGUUCUGCAGCCUGAAUCAGGUGCUUUUAAUCUGACAUCUCCAUGCCAUGAAUUUAAGUCUUUUUCUGUAGCUGCUACACUGGAUCGCACAAGACUCCAAGCCAAGUUUGCCAAAGAGGUUCUUAAAUUUGCAACGGGCUGUAUGAAUAUCAGAUCAAAUGGCACAAUACACGUUGGAGUGAUGGACAGCAAGGAGGAUGCAGGGUAUGUGCAUGGUGAGAUAAUUGGUAUACCUGUAAAAGAGAAAGACAUUUAUGUAGAUGCUUUGGACUACAUUGAAAGGAGUUUCUCCUCUGACAAAGAGCAUGUACGACAGUGUGUGCGGCCACCAAGGUUCAUUGAGGUUAUGGAUCGAGAAAGUACAGAAAAGAAGUAUGUGGUAGAAGUUGACAUUGUGCCUUCCAUAAGUAUCGUUAAGAGCAAGGUGUAUGCAGUUCGUCUGCCAAACUUCAAAGAGUCAACUAACAAAGUAGAAUUUGAGAAAGAAGCGAUUCUACGGAGGGUGGGCUCAAAAACUGAGCCAGUGAACGACAAAGACCUCAGUGAUUUUUACCAACGAGUCAAAGAUCGGGAUGCUCAAAGAGAAGAAGCAGAGAAAAAUCAGUUCCUCAGUGCUCCAGACUUCUGCAAAGACCUUGGAAGGAAACUCACAAUGCUAAUGACUAGUGGGAAGAAAUUCAUUGAAAAGGAGAAAUGGUUCAUACUUGUCACAAACAAAUUCAUACCUGAUGACCUUUGCAACAUUGACUGGCUGCUUAACAUGAACAUGUUCUGUGUGUUUGACUUUGACCCAGACUCAAAGACAUCGGGUCUUUGCAGUAGAUAUCUUCAGCAUCACGCUGCAAACAUGCAUUCUCUGCAGAGCUACAGGAUAUCUGGUGACAUGAGCAUCAACGAAUUCACAAGCCACCUGCAUCUUUUUGAACAAACUAGCUGGAUCUUUUGUAAUGGCCGUACUGACUUCAAAGGAAAUGAAACUCCAUGUGAUGAAAUGACUUGGAUCAAGACAAAAAUGACUUUCCUGCGGGAAUCUGUGUCUUUGAUCUGUAAACAAAUUUUGCCAAAAGGGACGUUCCAGGUCAUUUUUCUCCUUACAUCAUCAGUUGAGAAGCCACUCUUGCACACUUUUUAUGAGUUUUUCACAGACAUGGAAGGCCAUGAAGACAUCAUCUGCAUCUGUGAAUCACAGGGAAACUUCCAGAAGUGGCAAAGCUUUGCAGAGGGGUCAUGUGGAACAGAAACUGUGAAUAAUUCCAGUGUUGUUGGGAUGAAAAUGAGCCACAUUAAUGCAACUCUGCAGCAGAUACAACCUGUUAAAGCAUGUGCCAGCAAACACUUGCCUGUGUUUGUGAAAGGGACAUGUCUACUUGAAACACAUCAAGAGGAACAGAUGUAUUCUCUGGAAAUUCUGACAGUCGAUCAUUGUGAUGAAACAAGCAAAGACUUCAUCGAUGAGGAAAAAGCAAACAUUGAACAGCAGUUCUACCGUGGUGGGAGAGUGAACUGGUUGCAUUUCUGGCUUGCUGAGCACAAGUAUGUUGGAGAAGUAAUUGAAAGAGAUGCUCAUCAUGAUGUUUCCAAACUUCUCAAUGAUGCCUUGAAACGGAAUGCAGAUCAAACUCCGGUGAACAGUAUAAACAUCUACCAUCAUCCAGGAAGUGGUGGAAGCACUGUGGCAAGACAAGUGCUGUGGAACAACAGGAAAGAUCUAAGAUGUGCAGUUGUGAAGCCUUCAUACUCAGCUGCUCUUGUUGCACAACAUACAGUUGAACUAAGAGAAUAUGAAGAAAAAGAUCCACAGAGGUGUCUUCCUGUGCUACUCCUCAUUGAAGACUCUGACAAAGAAUAUCUAGAUGAUCUCAGGAAUGAACUAGAAGUUGCCAUUAACAUCAAAAGAAUCCAGUAUGGAACUCUCUGUUUCAUUUUGUUGAGCUGCAGACGGUCCCAUGAUCCAGAGAGGAGAUGCAAGGAGUCUCCAUUACAGAAUGUGUCUGUCACUCACAAACUGUCUGAUCAAGAGAAGAGAAAGUUUUCUGGAAAACGACAGGCACUUGAAGAACAAUAUGAGCCUGAAUUCAUUCUGACAUUUGUUUUGAUGAGUGAAGGAUUCAAUGUGGAUUACGUUCAACAGUUUGUGAAACAUUUGCUCCAAGGUAUUGACCGUCAAUCUGUUGUCACUCAACUCAUUCACUAUGUGGCACUGCUGAACACUUAUGUUCAAAACUCUUUCAUCUCUCAGUCCCAUUGUGAAGCUUUGCUUGCCUUAACCAUUCACAUGGAAAGGUUUCGCCAUCAUGACUUUGAGAGAUCACUCAGUGAUCAGGCUAAAUUAGUCUUUUUGCACCUUAGAGAUGACAAGACGCACAUUGAAUCAAUCAGAAUCAUCCACCCACUCGUUGCAAAGGAAAUUCUCCAGCAACUUUUGGGGAACCAGCAGACCCAAAGCAGUUUGGCAAUGAAUUUGCUCUGUGAGACUGUGCUUUUUGAGCACAGAUUUGGAAGGGACGAGUAUCUAUCAUUUUUGAGAGCACUUUUUAUUAGGCGAGCCAGAAUAAGCAAAGGGGACAAAUAUGAUAGUUUUUUCUCUCCUCUGAUUGAGCAUGUUUGUGAAAAUGAGAAAAGCCCAGACACAGCAAUUGAGUUACUCAAGGAAGCAUUCCAGCGUUUCCAUAAAGAUCCAUUCUUUGCACAACAACUUGCUCGUCUUCAUUAUACUUAUGAGAAGUUUGAAGAGGCAAAACACUGGGCAGAGACUGCAGCUAAACAGCUGCCCAACAACUCUUACAUACUUGACACAAAAGGGCAGGUGUACAGGAAAUGGUUCCAAGCAAAAUGCAAAGCUAUUGACAACGACAAUGUACCAAAGACAGCUGAAAAUAUAGCAGAUGCUGUGGAGACGGCACUGAAAGCCCUGGAGUGUUUUAAAGAAUGUGAGAAAGCAGCUGAUGCAGAUAUGGAAAACCUUAACAGUUCAGGGUUUUUUUCUGAAGUUGAGGUUGGAUGCAGCCUGCUCAAACUGAUCUCUUCAUCGCAAGUGUUUGCAAACAGAGCAAAUGGCCAUUCAGAGUGUAUGAAGUACCUGUUAACAGAUUACAUUCCUGAGGAAGUUGAAGAUGCCUGGGAACCAUUUCAUGGCCGUUUGAAAAAACUUAACAAAACAAUGCAAGAUGCAUUGGAAUGGAUUUCAGAAGACCUCAGUUACUUCCAGACUGAUGUUGGUGCAGAUGAGGAAGAGACCCCUGAAAGUCCUGAGGAGAAGAUAAGCCAUCCACUCACAUGGUUGGCAAAAAAAUCUUCAGAGUAUGGAAAGUACUUCAGUGAAUCUCAUCCCACAGCAGUUCAUGGUCACUUAAACCCAGCCAAUCUAACUCCUUUCCAGAAACGCAUGAUCAUCUAUCAUCUUGGCGGGGGGAACAUAACAUCCAUCCUCUCGAAGUUAACUGACCAGAGAAAUGCGGUACCUCUUCUGGAGAGCAUCCUUUCUCUCUAUCCCAGCAAUCCAAUAAAGGCCAAAUUUGGUCAAAGGGAUAUUGUCAAUUACAUAGUGGCCCACAUUUCUCUAAACUGCCUGUCACCACAGACUCGAAUGGUAGCUCCUCUGAAAGAUCUACAGGCACUUUGUCGUCAGUUCCCAUCUGAUAAAAGGAAAUGUUUACCAAGUGCCCUGUUCUUGCUUACUUUGCUAUUCUGGCCAGAGGAUCAUGACACUGACCUUGAGAAAGAAAACAAAUAUGAAAUUGUGCAAUCGGCUGUUGAACACCUGGAAAAGGGCUACUGGACCAAGAUGAAGGACAUUCCUCAGCGUAAGAGAAGGCUUUACACCCAUUUUUUUCUGGGUAGUGCGAAUGGAUUGGAUAAAUUUGUCCACAAAAGAAAGUUUGAAAGAGUCACAAAGCUGUUCUCAGUCUCUGAGAAACGCAUGAAGUGGUUUAGGGGAGAGGCAUGGAAAAAGCCUGAGCUCGCCAUGAUGCUGAAACGUGUGUCUGGAUGGACUGAAGAUGGAGUGGUGUACCUUGAGGGCCCUCGGAAAAAGAAGUUCAACAUUCUGCCUCUUCAUGUACCUUCAGUGCCUCAUAGUAAUGAAAACAUCACAUUCUACCUGGGGUUCACCUUUAGAGGUCCUGUUGCCUGCAACAUCAUUGUGAAAAAUUAGUUUAUCAUGGAACAAUGAUCGUUUGACAUAUGGCUGGAUGUCAGCUUGCUGAAGAGUGGGACUAGAAUCCACCACACUACCAAGAGCAACAACAGAUAAUGAAAAGAUCAACUCAAAAUACUGAAGCCUGCUUAUUACAUUUUAUCAAAUAGGCAAUAUUUGUAAAUUAUGAAACUGAAAUGUUGUGGCACAUGGUGUGGCAUGAGCACUGUAUUGUCUUGUAAGAUAGUUAUUUUUGCAUGAACAUGGACUAUGACAGAAUUGACUCUGGAUUCCCAGAGUUAUAAUAAUGUAAACUGAAUUUGCUACUCUAUAGCUCGAAAAUAGAAACUUUAAAUCCCAGUUUAGACAUAUACCUAGUAUCCUCUUAUUUUUAGAUUGUAGAUCCAGUUCAGAUAGACCAAGCAAUGGAAUUAAAUGCAACUAUUUUGGGAAUGGGAAUUUAUUAGUCUUUGACAAUAAAGAGCUAAAUGGCAACACUUUGUAUGGUUAGAGAAGAAUGUGUAUACAUGUUGAUAUGCGAUGGAGAAAUAACAAGUGUGUUAAGUGGUUUGUAUAGUCAAUGAAUAUACUUGGAUGAAAACCUGCUUGUUCUUAACACGAAAGUACAAAUGAAACCAGUCAGGCUACAGUGCAUACCUAUGAUUUUAUUGUUAUACUUUUUAUAUUUUUAUAUACUUUUAAAUGGGAUGUAUUUUUGAUAGUAAUAUGAAGAUGUCUGUAAAUGUUAGUGUCCUUAAAUAUAUAUAAAACGUAAUAGAAUACAAUAAACCCUUUUCUUUUUCAGUUUUAGUUUUAUGUUGUCAUUCCUUAAAACAAACUACACUGGUGUUUCAGGUUAAACUGGUGUGCUCUAUUUAGAAGAUAUGAAUUUAUAUGCAGACUUUAAUGGCAGACUUUUUAAGGCAGACUAGGUAGGCCUCUACGUUUUUUAACACUGUCCUAAGAACUUGAAUAUUUUCAAAAAACCCUGAUUGCAACUUUGUAGUGGAAGUAAAAUUAUGAUUAUUAUUAGGGUUUUUUUCCCAGUAAUUUGUUUCAAAGGUGAAGGGCAAGUGCCUGAUUAUCUUUUUUUAUUUUACACAUGGGAACACUCAAAAGAGCUUUUUCUUUUCACCUUUUCAACAUGAUACCUACUAGAUAUGUUGGGGCUACACCAUGUAGCUUUAGAAAUUAUUAAAUGACCUGAAAACCAGUGUAAUUGUGCAAAACCUAAUUUGGAGACAUUUCAUCAACAAAAUAUGUGCAAACAACUUUUUGUUGUUAAGAGUAAAAAAAAUCGUCCAUGUUAAUGGUUGUGGUUUUGAUAUUGGUUCAACACAUGAGGGAAUUUUCUGUGUCAGUGUAUGUACCCCAAUUUAUUUAGCGUUUGGUCAUCAGAUUUACAGGUGUCCAUAUUAAGUGUGUUUGACUUAUAGUUUUAAUUAGACUAGCUAAUGGGACAUUAAUAUUUCUGCAGCAUACUGUGUUCAAAAUGGUUUUUGAUUUAGAACUCGAUCAUCAGUACAGUUAAUUAAGGGAUUUUGGAGGUCAAUUCAACAACAAAGUAUUUAAAUCUGAAAUGGUGAAAAGCUACAUUCUAAGUAAUUGUGAUGUUGUGUUAUUAGUCUAUCAGGAAAUCAAGCAUCACGUUAAGGAUCUUGAUUUAAAUAAAUUUGAAAGCAUUUGUUGAUCUAGCCUAUACAUUUUGUUUUCUUGAAUUAAACUUUUUAUGUUUAUCAUGA